UCUUGACUGGUAUCAUUCGUGAGAGGAGCGAUGUAUCAUUCGUAACCUAGCGGCACUGUACAUUUUCGAUCUGGGUUGUUGUUGCUGCCGUGGGUGCCGGAAGCUACUGCCAUUGUGUUGUCCAUAGUUAAAGAAGAGGAGUCUUGACUGGUACAAUGGAUAUUGAUUCGAACAAUAACUUUUUCAAUGGGAGUGACGAAGUUGAAGAAAAAGAUAACAGUCUUUCAUUUAAUGAGUGUGAAGAUGACGAAGUUAAAGAAGAAGAAGUUGAAGAACCUAAGAAGGGAAUGUAUUUUAGCUCAAAGGAAGAGGUGUACGCAUUUUAUGCAGAAUAUGCCAAACACUCGGGAUUUGCUAUAGCUUAUAGAUCACAAAAUUUAACAUGUGAUGGGGAAGUUAAGUACUUUGGAAUUAAAUGUACUAGGGCGCGGAACAGAACAAAAAGAUCAGAAAUAAAUCCCUUGGAACCAUCUUUGUCAUCAAAAAAUGAGUGUAAAGCAAGGGUAAGAGCCAGUCUACAAAUGGAUGGAACAUAUAAGUUAACCACAGUUGUGCUUGAGCACACUCAUGAUUUGGUUGCAACUGACUCACGGCAUUUUGCAGUGAAUAAGAGGAUUGUAACGCCGGUGAAGAGGAGAUUAGAAGUUAACGAUGCAGCAGGAAUUGGGGUGGCUAAGAAUUUUCAUUCCAUAGUUGUUGAAGCGGGGGGAUAUGAGGCAUUAACGUUUGAUGAACGAGAUGCAAGGAAUUAUAUCAACAAUGCUAGAAUGUUGAGACUUGGGGUAGGAGACGCCGAAUCAGUUACACAUUAUUUUCAUAAAAUGCAACAACAAAAUUCAAACUUUUAUUCGGCAAUUGACUUUGAUGAAAAUGGCCGCAUGCGCAACUUGUUUUGGGCAGAUGCAAGGAGUAGGGCGGCUUACAAAGCAUUUGGGGAUUUUGUCUCUUUUGACACAACCUAUUUGACAAACAAAUAUGACAUGCCAUUUGCUCCGUUUGUAGGAGUUAAUUACCAUGGACAGUCAAUUUUGUUCGGUUGUGGGUUGUUAAGUAAUGAGAACACGGAGACUUUUGUUUGGCUAUUCAAAGAAUGGUUAAGUUGCAUGUCAGAUGCUCCCCCAAAAGCGAUAAUAACUGAUCAGUGCAGAUCUAUGCAAAAUGCCAUAGAAAUUGUCUUCCUAGAGGCUCGGCAUCGUUGGUGUUUAUGGCAUAUUAUGAAGAAAAUUCCCGAGAAAUUAAGAGGAUAUUCACAAUAUGAGUCCAUUAAGGUUGCUUUCAGUAAUGCAGUUUAUGACUCAUUCACAAUAGAUGAAUUUGAGGAAUACUGGGAAGCAAUGAUUGAAAAUUUCAAUUUGAAUGAUAACGAGUGGUUGGGGGUAUUACACCGUGAGCGACAUGGGUGGAUUCCUGCCUAUGUUAAAGACAUAUUUUGGGCUGGCAUGUCAACUACACAACGAAGUGAGAGUAUGAAUGCAUUCUUUGUUGGAUAUGUGAACUCCAAGACAACGUUGAAGCAAUUUGUUGAGCAGUAUGACAAUGCGCUGAGAAGUAAGGUAGAGAAGGAGACAAAAGCAGAUUUUAAGUCUCGUAACAAAUUGUAUGAUUGCUUAACGGUGUAUCGUUUUGAGAAGCAAUUUCGUGCAGCUUACACUAAUUCCAAAUUUAAAGAAGUUCAAGUAGAACUAAAGCGUCUAGUGUAUUGUCGUGCAAAUCUUAUCAAACAAGAGGGAGCAGUUUGUACCUAUCAUGUGAGGGAGGCUAUUGUUGUGGGUGAGGGGACGAAGAAAGUGAAAUUUGUUGUGUACUUUAAUUCAACUAAAUGUGAGCCCCGAUGUAUGUGUCGGUUGUUUGAGUUUAGAGGUAUUAUGUGUGCACAUUCACUUUCUGUGCUCAUUGAGAGAUCCAUAUAUGAGGUGCCAACUAGAUACAUUGUUUCGAGAUGGAGAAAAGACUUGGAAAGAGGCUAUACAUGCAUUCCAACCACAUAUACUAACUUUGGCUCUUCUCUACAUCCAAAGUUGCAUGAUAACUAUCACAACACGUUGGAUGAGAUCCUAGAUCUUGCUACCAAUGAUGAUGCUAAACACAAAGUGAUUCAACUUGGGUUGAUGAAAAUCAAAGAUGAAGUGAGAACAGUUCAAUCAAGUAGUGCGAGUAAUGUGCCAUGUACUAGUACUUUACCACCUUCAAAUAGUACUUUACCACCUUCCCAUACUUCACCAAAAGGUCCGCCUCGUAUCAAUAGUACAAAAGAAAGCAUGACUCGCAACGUACGAAGUCCUUUGGUUGCUCGCCGAAGAGGCCGUCCAUGUACGAAACGGAAGGUUAGCAAGGUUGAUGCAAUAGUCAAUUGGUUGAAGGAAAAGAAUAAGAAGGUGCGUCAAGGUGAACCUCGUAAGUUAAGCUUUCCUUGUAUGGGAGUCGUGCAACACACUAUGUAUGAACCGGUGCCGCCAAGUCAACAUUACUAUCGUCCUUUUAUGAAUGCCAUAGCAGACCCUUUCCUUGUCCCGAUAUGUGUUCAACGGACUCAAUAUAUUCCACUUUGUUUGUGGAAUUUUGUUUUUAUUAUUUACUUUAUUUUUACAGGCACCAGUUACCACAAGUGGGGACGACAUUGGGAGCACAUCUUUUGUUGACUUGAACAUCGACGGGGAUCCGAAUCUCCCAUUUUUUUUUAGUUUCGAAGUGGUAAUUGUACGUGAAUUUCGUUUGUAAACUUUAGAUUGUUCACUUGAAUGUCCCAUAUGUCUGAGUUCAAUGAAGUGAAUGACCCAUAUUUUUGAGUUGAAUGAUUUGGAAAUAUUUUGUUAUUCUUAGAAAUGGUUCUGUAGUGCUUGAAUGAAUAUGUUGUUAGAAAUUUUUUGUUAUUCCAACCAUAUGUUAUUCUUAGAAAUUUUUUGUUAUUUUUUGAGUUGAAUGAAUAUGUUGCUGAUGAAGUAAACUCUGCAAAUCUGAUCUGACUGAAUGAAAUCUGUUAGCAAUGGUCUCUGCAAAUCUGGUUUAUGUCUGGCUGCCCAAAUCUGUCCUGUUUUGUUCUGUUCUGAGUUGCUGAUCUGGUCUACUCUUGGAGGUGAAUCUGUUCUGAUCUGUUCUGCAUUGGCUGAUCUGACUGAUCUGGUCUACUCUUGGAGGUAAUUGCUGGUUUAUUUGCUGAUCUGUUCUGCAUUGGUUGAUUUGAUCUGAUCUGCUGAUCUGAUUUCAGUUUAUUUGCCAAUCUGAUCUGAGUUGCACAAAUGGGAAUUGGCUGAUCUGAUCUGCAUUGGCCCCUGCCGUUUAUACAUGCGUUGUUAUGGAUCUGGCCAUGUAUAAAUUUUGUUAUGAUUUGAGUUUAUAUGUAUUGGCAAUUGUAGCCAUGUAUAAAUUUUGUUGCUGAAUCAUGGUUGCUUUUGGGAAUACAAUGUCAAGUUCGCAUUUGCCAAACCACUUUUUAGCAAUCUGAGCUGAGUUCUUUUACAAGUUUGG